AUGGAAACAAUGUGGACAGAAUCAGCAGCUGACCUCGUCCCUCUGCUUGGGAGCCAGUUUUAUGGCGUCAAGUUUCUACCUGGACAAACAGUCAUGGAGAUUAUGUCAGAGAUCAAACACAUUGUCUCCCGCCUGAGGGCAAUAUACGGAAUAGUUCUUCUAGACAAUCAAAUUAUUGCCAAAAUCACUAUGUCCCUGCCACCGAAAAUGAAGCUCAUCUUCAAACCAGCAUGGGAGAGUACGGCCGCUGCUGAGAGGACGUUGAGAAAUCUUACGACCCGCCUUGCCCAGAUGGAGAAGGAAGUCAAGCAGUGUGAGGAAGAGAAGAUGGCUGAAGCGCUCCUUAGCAGUAAGAAGAUAGAUCCUGCUCAACAAUCAACAUCUGAACUUGCUCGAGAUGACAAAGAAGAAGAAGGCAGAAGUGCCCGUGCGUGCUGGGAGUGUGGAGGCACAAAUCAUACUAGAGCCAACUGCCGGGACUACAAAAGGAAGCUAAAGAGAAAAAGAGAUGAUGAAGAAGAAGAUCGUGACAAGAAAAGCAGAAGGUGGGAAAGAGAAGACGAUGACCGUUCCAGACAAGACAAGGAUAAUAAUCAAUGGAGAAACAGACGUGGGCGCGACGAUCGUGAGAGAAGAGGCCGUGAUUAUGGCAACAACAACGACGAGAGGAGACGGCCUGGCCAGAAGAACAGCAAGAAAGAAGACAAUGGAAGGCGGAGAGGAUACAGCUACUCAGCAGCUACAUUAUACAGUCGAUCAGGCAAGCCCACGGAAUGGUUUGCUGAUUCCGGAGCAACUCAACACAUGACGGGCAAUCGGGAUCUUCUAGUCAACUUCGUACCAACCGGAUCAGAGUGCUGA